CGACCUGUCAAAAGGGUUAAGAAAUGGAACGUUGUCUUGGAGACAGAAGUGCACGAAGUUAUUGAAUUUCGGAAUUAAAAUUAUAAAUUUUAAUAUAAUAUAUUUGUGAGUUAUAGUUGCUUUGGCAUAACAGGCAUAUUAUAUAGUAAGAUAUUUAUUAGCGUUUUUAGAUUUUUAAUGUUACUAAUUUUAUUAUAUCACUUCUAUCUCUGCGAUGGACUUUAGAAUCGAUUACCAAUAACAAAUAUUCAACUUUUAAAUAGGCACAAAAUGAUUUCUUGAAACUUGGAUUGUGCUGUGGUUCUGGUUCUAGCUCUGUAUAUGCUUUAAUCAUGUUGUUUACGCCAAUUUACAUAGCUAUGACUUUUAUAAAAACUUGGCGUAUCAGAUCGUUCAGGGCCCGACUACUGGAGUUCCUGAGCGGAAACACAAGUGUUGCUUUUUGCAAAGUACCGGAGAAUGCUGUAGAAACUCCAACAUUAAGUUCAAAGCUUUGUACCAAUCCAAAAAAUGCAUACCUAUGUGAUUUGCUGGAUUAUACGAACACUACAAGAAUUUGCAGUAUGAAACCGACACAGUGUAUAGAGAUUGGUGACUGGGUGGCAUGUAGUGGAGGCAUGCCCUUGGGGUCUGGUGAUACAGAGAGUCCGGACACUGAUAUGGAUGUGGAAGUAUUGUUUGAAUGUGAAAUGGAACCACAUGAUCUAAGUUCUUACCAGGAUAUAAGUUAUCUAGAAAACAUGGGCCAGCCAGUAGCUUGGAAAGCCGGCUCACACUUGGCUAUAGUUUUGAAGACUAAUAUUGAAAAUUUAAGCAUCAUUGGGUUUAAUUUUGUUGGUGGUGAAUUUGUCAUAGAUCACAAUUUACCUGUUGUGAGAGUUCAAACUGUCCAAUUAUCUGGCGAACCAAACAAAGCUAGUGAUCCGUCAAUGAGAAGUUUGAGAAGUGACAUUCAAUACAGUCUGAAAAGCCCAUUCAAUGAGUUCCAGUGGCAAGUGCACGCUGCUCUUCUCAGAAAACUUUCCAAGGUUGUAGACAUAAAGUCGGAAAUGAGAAAUGGCAUAGAAAUUAAUGGUAGUCACGACCUCACUCUGGAUGUGCCGCCUAGCAAAAGAAUAACUUUAGCUGAUGUUAGUGUUAAUACUACCAAAUCUCUCACAGCGUCAGCUGAAGAAGAUGACAAGUCCAUAGAACUUAAUACUAAUGUAGAAGCCUCACAAAAAUCACCUGAAAAAACUGUAAGUACACCAGAAAAAUUCAUACAAGACACUCCAGAACUGAUAAUCGAAAGGGUUGAGAAGAAAUUAGAAAGGACUCCAGAAAAGAAAAAAGAAACAGAUGAUAAUGAUUUAGUUAUUGAGAAUGUGACUGUGGAAAUACAACAUAAUAUAACACCAAAGAAAUCAAGUUUAAAACUAGAUUUAAAGAAGGGCACUAGUCAAUUGUCGACGUCAUUGUUAAACAUAUCUAGUCAAAUUAAAUCGGUGACUACUCAUAAAAGAAUAGUGAGUAGGACAGACCCAAAGAAGUCCCAGCCGCUAGAAUUAUUUCCACAGAUCAAAGAAGACAGCCAGAAGGCCUCUUCAUCUCAACAGGGUACGCCAAAGUCUGCAAAAUGUUCCCGUCCACUAGUCAAUACGAAAUCGCCAAAUGUGGUGAUAUAUUCAGAUAGUGUAGCAGCUCGAGAUAAUCUCGAGGCAUCGCUUAGGAAAGUUUUGGAUUGUGAAAGAUACACACUGUAUAGCGUGAGCCGCGAGUCCCUAGAGACGGGGGCGUGGCGCGGUAGGGCCGCGCUGGUGGCGGUGGCGGGGAGCGUGGGCCGCGUCGCGCCGCUGCUGCUGGCGCACUUGCUGGCCGGCGGCCGUCUGCUGGCGCUCUGUUCUGAUCUGCUGCACACUGUACUGCCGUAUUAUAAGACUGCCGAGGUACGAGAAAAUGAAGUGGUACAAUUUUCAUUCGACAGAUGGCAGUCUGUGAAAAUGAAGCACCAUAUAUUUUGUUACCAAGCUUCGCCGGCUAAAAAGCAAUUUUCCACAGAAAAUGAUAGACAAGCAAGUCAGGAAAAUAAUAUGUAUCGGCCGUCAAAGUACACGGGUCACCCAGGCCACGAGCUGGACAUUCAGAUCCUCGCUUCUGAAGAGACCUGGCGCACACCCUCGCUUCUGCAAGCCACGGACCUCACCAACAGCGGACAAGCUAUAUUCUCACAGAUCCACCUGGAAGCGGACCCGUGCGACUACCUCGGCGAGGAGGGUAUGAAAAGCAACGAGGCGCGAAUAGAGAUCCUCCACAAGAUAAUGGGAGAUAUUCUCGGCCUCCACGUGCGGAACCCUCAUGAGCUCAACGAGGUGGAGUUCACUAGGGGAUUCUUCCUGGGGAACCAUGUGGACAAAUUAGCACUAAUAGAGCGGUGGUGCCCGCCCACGGAGGACGGGAAGCGGGUUCAAAACCUCGGGAACCUUAACAUCCAGUGGUGUCUCCGGGGAGAACCACCUAUAGAACCACCCUCACUGAACUUCCUACCAGUCCACGUGUACGAAUGCCCUGAACACUUUUCCACCGUCGAGUACUAUGAUAAUUUAACGUCGAAGCAAGUGGGUCGCGUGCUGAUAUAUGCGGACGUGGUGUCGACCACCAUGUCGAUGGUGGAGCGGCCGCUGUCGCACGGCGUGGGCGCAGUGGCGCGCCGCAUGCUGGCGGGCCGCGGCCGCGCCGGCAACGCCUGGCUGGCUCCGCUCGGGCAAGCUGCCAUCUCUCUCCAGCUGUGGAUGAAGAUGUCGGAGCUGAUCCCGCUGGUGCAGCACAGCGCGGCGCUGGCGGCCGUGCGCGCCGUGCGUGCGCAGCCCGCGUAUGAACAUCUGGACCUCCGGUUGAAAUGGCCCAACGACAUUUAUUACGGGCGCGAAGUGAAGAUUGGCGGCAACCUCACACUAGCGAACUGUAUGGGAGACGACGUCAUUAUAGUCACAGGCACGGGCGUGAACAUCACCAACAGCGUCCCCACCACAUGCAUCAACGACAUAAUUUCCGAACACAACGCCCGCCACGGCACCACCUUAGCUCCUCUCACGGUGGAGGGCUUCCUGGCGCGCUACUGCUCACAGCUGGAGCGGAUACUGGACUACCUGCACAGUGAGGGCGGGGUGCAGGCGUUCCUGGAGCAGUAUUACCAGUACUGGAUGCAUACCGGCGAGCAGAUCCGUGUGAUCCAAGCAGGGUCGUCGACCCCCGUGCUCGGCACCGUGUGCGGCGUCGACAGCGCCGGCUGGCUGCUGGUCACCACGCCCACGGGCGAGCUGCGGCUGGCGCCCGACGGCAACACCUUCGACAUCAUGACCGGCCUCAUCGCUCCCAAGCAGUGAGGAGUUAAGCUCGUGUGCAGCGAUGCCGGCUCCGCUUGUUACUGCUGGUUGGUAGAUACUGGAAUAGUCUUAAGUCCUUUCAGCCGCUGUCGAAACUAUCUUUUGUUGCCAGAUGCGAUCGAAGAUCUAACAGGUCAGGUAAUCACAGGAGUAGGCAAUCGGAACAGAGUUUUAUCCAGUCGCGUACGCGACAAGCGGCUAGUAGACACGCACUCGUGCGCUACAUGCUAGUCUUAGUGUACUUACGAAAACUCAGAUGUAUGAAGCUUUGCUCCAGUUCCCUACUCCUGACUGACUUAUGAACCUGUUUCACCAAUUUUUGAUUAAAUAUCAUAUUGUAAUCUGAAAGCCAAAUAACUUGAUGUGAUUGGCCAGUGAGCACGAUCCAACUUGUAAAUUAAAAUGUAUGUAAAUUUAAUGUUAACAUUCCCACGCCAACUGUGACAGAAUAUGUUGCACUUCACAUUGCACUGUACACCUAUUUAUAUGACCAUACUCUGUGGAAUAAAUAAACACAAUUGUUAACGAUAACUGUUCGAUAUGUUACAUAUAGAUUAUACGACAUUUCAUCAGCAAGCGGUGAAACAGGCUCUAAUAAUCUAAAAUCUAAGUAUAUUAUUUCAAAAUCUUUAACAGUGCAUGUGUAUUGUUCAGAACUUGUACAAAUCAUUAGAAACUAAUUUGAUUAUCAAUACAUAUAAUAAAACAGUAGAAAAAUAAUUCCUGUACAUUGAAUACAUUAACAUAAAAAUAAAAUUAGGCGAUAGAGUCACAGCAACAGAGUAAGAAUUUGAAAAAAAAAUCGGUUUGUUUGUCUGUUCUUUGUACACGCUAAUCUUCGGAACUACUGGACGGAUUUGAAUGAAACUUUUUUGUUAUAUAGCUAUUAAGCCUGGGCAACAUAUAGGGUAUUAAUUUUUUUGAAAACUGGAACACCUGAUGGAGAACAAUGAUGGUACAGCUAAACUAUAGGAAAUAUUGAAAUGACACCUUAAUAAAAGUUAUUCAGCCUGAGGAGUAUUUUCUAUUGAGAUGUAAAAAUCGAAGAUCUGGAACAUCUGAUGUAGACCUAUGAUGGUACAGCUAAAUUAUUAGGGUAUAUAGAAAUGUGACGACUUAACGAAACUGUUCAGUCUGAUGAGCAUUUUUAGUAGAGGUAUAAAAAUCGAAGAUCUGGAACACCUGAUGUAGACCUAUGAUGGUACAGCUAAACUAUAAGAAACAUAGAAAUGACGCUCUAAUAAAAGUUGUUCAGUCUGAUGAGCAUUUUCUGUUUAGGUAUAAAAAUCGAAGAUCUGGAACACCUGAAGAAGAGUCAUAAUAGUUCAGCUAAACGUUAGAAAAUAGACUUUUUCAGUCUGAUGAGCAUCUUCUGUAUGUAUAGGUAUCGUUACAUUUGUCUGUACAAUUAAAUUUCUCUAAUAAUUUUGACUCCUUACCUAAAAUUGUUCGGCCACGCGAACGAAGUCGCAGGCAUCAGCUAGUAUAUAAUAUAAUACGGGUCACACUCCAAAUAAUGUGUUUGUAUUCACAAACGUUUCACACACCAUAUGCGUACAAAAGACGGAAAUACAUUCCUUUCAGUCGCUCUUAAAGUGUGUGAAAUGUCAUUUGUUUUUAAAUGUUAUUGGUCCUUCUACAAAAUACAUAAAAAGAUGUUCUCAUCUUUGCGUGAAAAUACAUAAUAUUCCCUUCUUUAUUAUAGUAUAGAGACUACCUAUAUCGAAGAUAAUUGUUUGAUUUUAAAGCCAUGCAAUGUGUAAAUGAAUAAACACGAUUUAAUUGUGAUAUGUAGUAUGUAUCUAAGUUGUUGACAAAACACGAGGAAAAUAAAAUAGAUUUUUAUUUUUAUGGAAUAGGCUGUUGUAGAAAUCUUGAGUUACUAUAUGAACAAGGAUUUAUUGUUAUAUAUUUUAGAUAUAGAAGCGCACACACAAUACAAUACUACUACAUCCAUAAAUCGCCCCAAAACAUCGAUCAAACCAUGCCUUAUUAAAAGUACAUAAAAUUACUGGUGCCACUCGCUCAAAAUACUUCAAAUUCGUAGCCAAUAGCGGACUAGGAUGGCAUUGGUUUCUACGAUUGAUUGACCGAAAUAUUUUAUUGGCUGGAACAUUUUCGCGCGAUGUGAUGAUGAUUUAUGUAUGGUAGUGGUAUUGUACAUAGUUUGGCUUUGUUUAGUCGUUGUUAAAUUACCUAGACUUCAAUUUACAUUAUAAAUAAAAUUUGUACUAAAAUUCGAAUUUCUAGAAGUAGAAAUUAAAAUGAAUAAAUAAUUGUAGAAAACACAAAUAUAACUAAAUGUUUAAUUUACAAUAUUGCAAUAAAAUACGCGUCAUGCAAGGCUCCAUUCGUGUAUUCUAAAAAUAUGAGAACGAUAUUUAGACAAUUUUGAUGCAAUUUCACCGUCAUUUAAGAAAUGUAUCUAAAUAACUGUUUAGGUAUUUGAAAGUUGGUACAUUAUCUCGGUAAGUCUUUGUAUCGAAAUACACUUUAAAAACAAUAUACCUAUUUAAAUAAUGUAACCGGUGCUAAUAACCCGGUCAAACAAUUGUUUAUCUAUUAUGUCUCGAUUCUCGCGAUCGACGGGUUUAAUUUGCAAUGUGCAAAGAUUUUGAUUUUUAAGGUGAAUAUUUCAAUAGAAAGAUAAUAUGUCAAGAUUGUAUACCUUUUAAAUGCCUAAACAAACGGGGUAUAGUUGUGCUUUUUCAUGGCGCAAGGAUUUAGAUUUCAUUAUAAGUACAGGUAUAUUCUAUAAACGCCAGCACCGUAGUCAUAAAAUAUAUGAGUGGAGCCUUUUGUGUUCAGUAGAUAACGAACAAGAUGGUUCAUCUGGAGGUUGUACUUAGACGAGAAUUAUCUAAUCUAGUUGUGUUAAGUAGGAUACGUCAGCAACGACACUGCCAGUGCCCUAUAUCGUAUCGUUAGUUCUGACAUAGAUGGGUUUGCGUCGGACUGUUUGGAAAGAAAAUACUGGGAAGAAACCGGGUAAACCCAUCUAUGAUUCUGACCAUAUUUAUGAGAAAUCCGUUCACUUAUUAAUCUUAGGAUAGUACUUUCUUUUCUCGCACAGUGGCGCCCUGCUUCAAAAGUAUUGGAAAAUAUGUAAAACUUUCAAAAGUAGAUAAAACGGAGAUUCAUUUAUUUAAUAAGGUGUGCAAAACAGGUUACAGAUUGUGAAAAUUGUUAACAAUGAUCUUUGUUUUUUUUAAAUAUGUAUUAAAGUAACAAAGUAAAAAGAAGAAUCUCUGCAAUUUUCUACUCGUAACUGUGUUGAUACACCAAUCUCGUAAAACAAGUGUUGUUUAUAUAUAAAGUUUAUAUACAGACGAGGACGCUACUGGCCAGGAAUUGAGGUUAUUCAUUAUCUGAAGUGUUUAGUAAUUGUUACGAUCGAAUUGAUAUCGAACGCGAAACACUUUAUCACUUAAAUAGCCGCUAUGAGCUGGUGUCCUUUGAAAAGGCAUAUGUGAACGUUUGUGUUUGCAUACAUGUUUGUUAGCAUAAAUGUCUUUGUGUGAGGUCUAACCGAUAAAAGUUUCGCAUUCGAAUCAAGCAGUCAAAUAAUAGAUUAUUGUAAUUUAUUUAUUCUGAACCACAUUCUAAAAUUUUUAUUGUUGUCAAUUAAUUCGCAAAUAAAUACUUUGUAAAAUUAUACGGGAUUAAGAGUCUCAUGAAAUAUCUUUUUGGUGUUCAAUUACAAAUACAAUACUGUUUACCGUUACUUAUAUAAUAUCUUAGUGAUUCUACUUGCCAAUCUAUUAUAGUGGGCAAAUAUAUUUUAUAAUAAUGUAAAACUGUUAAACAUUUUCAAUUCUCAAAACAGAUAGUAGCUUUUAGAAAAAUAUAUUAUUUUAUAUAGUCGUUGCGUGUUACAAUCAAGAGAAAUAUAGAUACGCUUUUAAAUUUUUGCCCUUAUAUAAGUUUUUCGUGUAUCGGAAAAUGUGCCUAACUGUGUAUGCCAUAGCGCAUUCUACUGAAUAGAUAAAUAUAUAUAGAUAGGUUGUUAUUUUAAGUAGAUAAUUGUAGUUUGUUUCAUAGCUGUACUAUUUAUAUUUUCGAUGGUUGUCGAUUUACAUUUCGCUGUGUUAUUAGGGUAUUUAGUCAAUGGUUUGUAGGUUGAAGGGUGAUAAGUUAUGAAAUUUGAAAACACCUUUAGAUUGCUUAUUUCUAUAAUUAUAAAAUAAUGACACCAAAUAUUUCAGAAAUAAUUUUAUUAAAUAUAAAUUAAUAUUUUCUCGUACAUUGGCUAUCAAAGCAAACCAUUAACAUUAAUGUCGUAAGUACGAUAACUUAAAAAUAAUUUAAAUAUUUGUAUCUUAAAAUUUCGGAUUCACGAAUUGUUGUAAUUUAAACUAAAACUAUUAAAAUCUAGUCAUCUUUUGGUGUUGUGUCGUGUUACGUUGAUUCGGUGAUGGAGUCUCAAAUGUUAUACAAUUUCUUGUUACACAAUACUCUUGUUGUAUUCAUGUCCUCUAUUAAAUAUUUCAGAAUA